AUGAAAAAAACAUUAAUAAAUGAAGAGCCUUUAAGAGAGAAAUUAUCCCAAACUAUGUUUAAAGGCAGCUUCGAUAACAAUCAGCCAAUCAUAAUAAAAGGAUUGGGUUAAGAGUUUACAUCAAACAUUCUUGAAAAAAUUUAAAGAUCUCAUUCAUUCUCCAAACCAUUCCAAUAACCUCAAGACGAUAACCAAAAUUAAGUUAAGACUCCAAAUAUGAAAAAUGAUUUAAUAAUGAAUUCAUCAAUAUAUAUCAAGAAACCACCUACAGCUGUAAGAAAAAUUUAAAGAUUUGUUGGAGAAGCUAAAUGGCCAUUUUUUAGAGUAAAGAAAGAUGAAACAAUUAAAUAAUUUUGGGAUAGACGCUCCUAAUAAGACCACAAUAGAAACUGGAAUAGUGAGGAUAGUCUGUUUGAAGGGAAUAUGCUUAGAAUUGGGAGAAAGAAAAAAACUGUGAAGGGAUAUUAUUUUAGAUUGGCAUAGUCCGGCAUGCUUAUGUAUUUCAAAAAGGUAUACCCAAGAUUAAUUUAAAUAGGAGUCAGAUACAGAACCAAAGGGCUUUGUAUAAUUGAGUAUGGACAAUAGAGUGAUAAUCUCAUACUAAAAGACUAAGAAGGGAUUGAAUGUUCCAGUUCUCUAUUUAGAAAGAGUGGAGGGAAUAGGAAUAACUAUAUUUGAUCAUUAAAUUGAAUCAACACUAAAAUUGUGUGAAUCGAUAUAAGAGUUCUGUUUGAUGAGAGGAUAUGAUUGUAUAUACAAUUAGACGGAGACUCUUGGAAGUGGAGCGUUUGCUACUGUGUACAAGGUCCAAAGAAAGAGAGAUGAACAAGUAUUUGCAGCUAAAGUCAUUUAUAGAAAUAUGUUUGAGGAAAAUAAGCAUAAAGAUAAAUUUAUAGUAUAAAAUAAUUAAACAUAAUAGUGCAGUAAAUGGUAUAUAACGAAGUUAUAUCACUGAAAACAUUAAAUCAUCCAGGAAUUGAGUAGAUCUACGAAGUUUAUUAAGAGAAAGAUAAACUAGUAAUCAUCAUUGAAUAUUGUCAAGGAGGCACUCUUUAUCAAUAUUAUAAAUCAAAAGGAAAACUAACUGAAAAACAAAUUGCUUAGCUAAUUAAAGGAAUCUUGGAUGCUCUUUUUGAAAUGCAUUCUAAUGGAUUUGUACAUCGAGAUUUGAAGUUAGAAAAUAUCAUGAUGGAAUCUACUGAGAAUCUACAGAUAAAGUUAGUUGAUUUUGGUUUUGCAGAGGAAAUCAAUGAAAAAGAACUAUUAAGCAAAGCAGGUACACCUGGUUUUUUAGCACCUGAAAUAUUUAGAGGACAUCCUUACACCUAAAAAGGAGAUGUAUUUAGUGCUGGCUGUGUUUUAUACAUAGUAUUUAUCAGUUAUUAUAGUAGUUGACAGCAGGAUAUGCUCCUUUUAGAGGAAAGCCAAGUUAGAUCUAGUUAUUGAAUUCUAAAUGCUAAGUGAAUUACGAAAAGUCCCCUUGGCCUGAUGUUAGUGUGGAAUUAAAGAGUCUUGUUAAGAAAAUGUUAGAGCCUAAACAUGAAGAUAGAUUCACUACUUAGGAGGCUUUAGAAUCUUCAUUUAUUUCUCAUUACACAAAAAUAACCUCAGAAACCAAUUAUAAAUCCUAUUAGAUAGUCUCUGGGCUAGAUUUCCAUAAUAAAUAAUCCAUUAAGAGCAUCAAAAAUUCUGAUUCAAAUGGUUCUAAGUAGAGCAAGGAGUUCCAAUUAGAUUUCUCCAUACAUACAAAUGAUAUUAAGUCACUUUAUCAAAGGAACUCCAUUAAGACUCUUUAAUCCUAGAGAUCAGGAAGGGGAACUGUAAAAUAGAGUAUGAUCCUGAAAUAAUCCAUAUCUGUUCCAAAAGACGCCAUUAUAGAGUAAUACUAACAAAAGAGGAAGCAAAGCAAUCCAGACAGAUCAAGCUGUAAAGAUUCCGAUAAUGAUGUUGAUUCUUUUAAAGAAUUGCUGAAAUGUAAUAUCAAUUCCAUUUUAAUAUAGUGCAAUCUAUGAAAUUCACUACAUUUGAUGAUUUUGAUGCUCUAAAUUUUUAAUAAAUCAAUUUCUUAACAGAAUAAAGCUAGGUAUUCAAUAAGAUUAAAAGACCGUGGUGA